AUGGUAGUCAAUGCAUUUGAAGUCAGCGGCAAGAUUGAUUACACCAAGCUGGUUGACAAAUUUGGAUCCAACCUCAUUUCAGACUCUCUUAUGGAUAAGCUGGAAGCGUUAACGGUUGGAAAAGGCCGAGUUCCCCGGAUGCACCGCUUUUUACGCCGGGGAAUGUUCUUCAGCCAUAGAGAUCUCGAUACCUUGCUGCGUCAGGUAGAGGCCGGUGCUCCAAUGUACCUUUACACUGGGCGAGGGCCUAGUUCCCAAUCGAUGCAUCUAGGGCAUCUUAUACCCUUCCUUUUUACCAAAUGGUUGCAAGAUGCCUUGGACGUCCCGUUGGUCAUCCAAAUGACGGAUGACGAAAAGUUCUUAUUUAAAGGACAUUACGAUGACCAAACCGGCGACAAUUUAUUAGACUUUCAAAGUUUGACCAUGGAAAACGCCAGGGAUAUUAUUGCGUGCGGCUUUGACUACAACAAGACCUUUUUGUUUUCAGACUUGGAUUAUGUCGGUAGCAUGUAUCCAAACAUUGUUCGCAUCUGGAAGGCGGUCACGACCAAUACGGUAAACGGAAUUUUCGGUUUCGAUGGAUCUUCAAAUAUUGGCAAGAUUGCUUUUCCCGCCAUUCAAGCCGCGCCGUCUUUUGCCAGUAGUUUUCCAGUCGUCUUGGAAGCUGACCGUAAUUCCAAUCAUUUGUGUCUGAUCCCCUGCGCGAUUGACCAAGAUCCUUACUUCCGCAUGACGCGGGAUGUUGCGCACAAACUAGUUCAUAAGCAACAUGGUCUCGGUGGGAAACCGGCACUGAUUCACUCUAAAUUUUUUCCUCCGUUGCAAGGCGCCGAAGGCAAAAUGUCGAGCUCCAACACGAACUCGGCUAUAUUUUUGACGGAUUCGCCGGAUGACAUUGAGCGGAAAAUUAAACAACACGCCUUUUCUGGUGGACGAGAAACCAAAAAGGAACAGCAAGAGCUCGGAGCUGACUUGGAGGUAGAUGUGUCCUACCAAUGGAUGCGGUUUUUCUUGGAAGACGACGACGAAUUGGAAAAGAUUGGCCAAGAUUACGGUAGCGGAUCCGGCGAAUAUUGGAACACUGGCAAGGUGAAGGGGCGCCUGAUCGAAAUUCUAAAGGAAUUGGUAGCGGAGCAUCAAGAACGACGGGCAACAAUUACCGACGAAGAAGUUCGCAAAUGGAUGGCUGAGCGUAGCAUCGUUAAGAACAGCACUUGA